GUUUCCGACCGAGCAACCCUGUUACGUAACAUCGAGCUCGAGAUGUCGCGAGAUUUGGCUAAUGCAAGUGUCAGAGUGUCAACAACGGACAGGCAGCAGCAGCGCUGUCCGGAGCAGGGAGGGGGAGUGAAGAGGCACUUUAAACGUCCGAACGUUGUUUGAGAUGGGGGAUGAUCGACCCUUUGUCUGCACAGCCCCUGGAUGUGGGCAGAGAUUCACAAAUGAAGAUCACCUCUCGGUCCACAAACACAAACAUGAAAUGACAUUAAAGUUUGGUCCUGCCAGGACCGACUCUGUUAUUAUUCAAGACCAGACUCCUACACCCACACGCUUCCUGAAGAACUGUGAGGAGGUCGGUUUGUUUAAUGAGCUGGCCGGUUCCUUUGAUCAGGAGUUUGGUAAAACACAGGAAGACGAUCACAGAACAAAGCACCCUGCUGCACCUUUACAAACACCCUCUGAAGUGAAAGAUGAGGACGAGUCGUCCUUACAAGUCGAUUCUUCUCCCCCUGACAGUCCAGAUUCCUCUUCCAGCAUGUCUGAGAAUAGCAGGGACUCUAGGGAGUUUCUCUCUAAGCCUGUGGCGAGCUCCGCUCCUACUCCGACAAUUGUUCGUCCAGGUUCUCUCCCCCUUCACCUGACCGGUGACCCGCUACACCCAACUCUGCCUUCUCCAACGUCUGUCAUCACACAGGCUCCACCCUCCAACAGACAGCUUGGAUCUCCCACAAGUGCAUAUCCACUGGUGAGGCACCUCCCUAAUGGCCAGACUGUCCCUCUUUUACCCAGUCCUGUGCAGAUGACUUCUGUUAUAUCUCUUGCGAGGACAGUGAACACAGUGCCUAACAUCCCUGGGAUACCAGGACCUCCGAUAGGGGGAGCCAGCAGUGGUUCCUCCUCCCCAUCUGGAUACGGUCUUCACUCGGAGACCAAAAUGAGGCUGAAGGCAGCUCUGUCUCAUCAAGGCCCGGCAGCACAAGAUGGAGCAGGUGGCGGAUCAGGAUCCAUCCCUGCUAUCCCCCAGCGACAAGAACAGGGCCAGCAGCCCAACCAGAACUCUGAUACACCGUCGCCUGCACAACCUCAGGUGUCCCCUGCUCAGCCAACAGGGGGACGGCGGCGGCGUGCGUCAGAGAUGGAUCCCGACGAGAGGAGGCAACGUUUUCUGGAAAGGAACCGGGCGGCCGCUUCUCGCUGCAGACAAAAACGAAAGCUAUGGGUCAACUCCUUGGAGAAGAAGGCAGAAGAUCUUGCCAACAUGAACAUCUCUCUGACAAGUGAAGUGACUCUGCUGAGGAAUGAGGUGGCACAGCUGAAACAGCUCCUUCUAGCUCACAAAGACUGCCCUGUCACUGUCAUGCAGAAGAAGGCAGCUUUCUUAGCUGCAGGAGGAGAGGAAGCCUCGAGGGAGGCUCCCACCGAACACAUCGGCUCCCCGGCGGCGGUCAUUCAGCACGUGCCGUCACCUGCCACCGUGGCCUCCAGCCCAGGGCCUACCAUAAAUGGACUAAGCGUCCGAGCUGCAGAAGCAGUGGCCAUGUCGGUGUUAGCCGGCAUGGGCUCGGGCCAGCCUGGAGGGGACGUCAUCGCUCCGCAGUCGCAGCCAACCCCGAGAUGAUGUGCAGGCAGACGGCAGCCAGAAUGAACUCGAGUGACAUUCAGAGGCCGCACUGGUGCAAAGCUUGGUGUGAAGAGGGAACCCACCCUAACUCAGUAGAUACCCCCUUUUUCCUCCUCUACAUCCUACAGUAAUCACACAAAGACAUGGCGUGGUACCUCCACCAACCCUCCUCCAACAGGCUCCCUUUUCAGAAACGCUUCAUCACUCUGUGUAUGUAAAUAUGAAUUAUGUGUCGAACACUUACUCUGCAGGGUUCGGGGUCAGUUAUGACAGAAAUGGUUUUAGAUCCAGAAGAAAAAUAUGAAAUGGCUUUUUAACCAUUUAGUUAUUUUAUUUCAGCUUGGAAAGCAGCAACAGUCCAACUUCUUCCCACACUGGCUGUGAUGAGGUUUGUUUCUUUCCAUGCUAACAGUUUUACUGUAAUAUAUCAUGAUUGUUUUCUUUUUUAAUUUGUAAAAAAGAGUUUUGAACAUCUGCAUUUGUUCAUAUAACGUUUAUAGUUACAUCUAGGAAGAAGCUUAUUAAACAUGCCAAUGUUUUUCUCAAUAAAUUUAUCUCUAAUGGAGUUAUAGACAUUAAAUUACACCGAAUGUGGGUAAUAUCCAUCCAUCUUUUUCUAUCCAGUUAUUCUUGCAGGGUUGCUGGGAGGCUGGUGCCUAUAUCAUAUCAUAAGAAGUGGUUGAUCAUCAAUCCCUGUUGUUAACAUAAAUAAUCCAAACAUACAGAGAAAUCAACAUGAAUAACUCCAUAAAUUAAGUUGUAUGGAAAUGAAGUGAAAAACUUAAAAGAAUAAGUGCUAAACAGAAAUUUACUAAACCAUAUCCUACAUAGUAGAAAGGCUUUUAUUGGUUGUGGCAGUUUCAACAUUGCACAAAUCUUCUGUUCUUUCCAUUUGUGUCAAGUUUCCUGUUUGGCAAGAAAGCUGACUCACCUCAGUGUAAUCAAAUCUACCAAAAAGAGUAUAAAUGAAAUGAAGCUUAAGCAUGCAUUUUCUUCAGUAGUGGAGUCUUGUGCUGUGAGUACAAUCAGCAAAGAGGCCAUGUUGGUUCAUUUUUCCAAAAUACAUUUGAUUUCAUAACUAAAUGUAUGGAUUAAGUUUUGUUGAUUUCUUUGUUACCAACAUCUGGUGGGAAUUUUAUGUCACUACACCAUUUAAAAAUAAACUUACAGGUAAAAAUGUUGACAUGUUUAAUGCUUAUUUUCAGUUGUAGUAAAAUCUUUCCAGAGUGCUGUGAAUCCAUUCUGGGAAGAUUUUUUCUUCUUUUGUUAUUUUAUCAUCUGUCUUGUACUCUUUGUUUUAUAAAUGUUUUUUUUUCUUCAGUCAACUCUUUUAAUAAUGCACUCAAUGAAAGUUGGUUGAGUUCACAACAAAACAAAUCGUAGAUGUGAACACAGUUAAUCCUGUGAUUGUGUGCCCUUUUAUUAAUAUGUAACCCAUUUAGAAUGGAUAUCAUGAUAUUAGUCAAUUGUAUCAACCCCUACUGACUGCAUGGAUUACUCAAGGCUGAAGAAUACCACUAUUUGUACGUAGCCCAUUAUACUCUCACUGUUUUUUAACAUCGAUCUGUAAAUGUGAAAACUGGCCCGGUUCUGUUAGGAUUCCAUCAUUGGCCCCUGAAAACUUUGGGCUAUUAGAAUACUUUUAAUUGAUAAUCAGAAGUAACAGGUUUUAAACCCUUUACCCAAACAUUUCAGUUGAGUAAAGAGUGGUGCAAUAUAUUUUUCUAUUGAAUAUCAAUGUUCUUGCUUUGAGUGGACGUGUGUAGUCCAGCUGCUGACAGGGUUUGCUCUAUUUCAGUCAAACGCUACAGUUACGAGGUGACCAAAGGAAAUGUGAAGAAGAUUAUUGUUGAGUGAAUGGACUGUUAAUCAGUGUACAUGUUAGAGUUACAAGUGGUCUGAUUGGGAGCUUUAUACCAUAAAACUAGUGCUAUAACAUUAUGAACCAGAAUAAUUAUACAUGCACGGUGCUUCUUUUGACUUUCUUUUGCAGCUUUUUAAUAUAUGACAUUGUUCUUCCACGACUAUUGACUAUCAACUUUUUUUUUUCCCUUGUUGCUGUUUUUAUAACAUGUUUUAGGCUUUGUUUUCUGUGGGAAUGUUAAGGUGUUCUCCAUGUGAUUGUAUGCACCCUUUUGGUUAGAGAUUUUUAUUUUUCUCUUAAUGUUUUACUACAUUGGGUGGGAAGGGGGCAUGUUGAAAAUAUCUGUGUGGAGUAAGUUUGUUCAAUACUCAGGCCUCAAGAUGGGAAAUAACUUGUGUAUAGUCUCAGCUAAUUAAUAAGUUGUCUUGGACAAACGAUGAAAUAAAUUAAUGUAUAACAAAAGUAAA